GCGGCGGCAACGGUGCGGUGCGGUGGUAGCAGCAGUAGCAGCAGCGGCAGGCGGAGGGUGUCGGUGUCUGCUCCGUGGCCGCUCCGCUGUUGAUUGCGAUUGUGGAAACCAACCGCUGUAAAGUUCUCAGUUCCUUCAGAACGCAGUGCCCAUCAAUUUGCCCGAAGGGAUAAUUUUGCGAGCAAAGAGAACUGCCUGGCUGGAAAGAUGGGGGACCAAAACCUUAUCGACAAGUCGAUGAGAUCGGUGUUUGUUGGGAAUAUUCCUUACGAAGCAACUGAAGAAAAGCUGAAAGAUAUUUUCAGUGAGGUUGGUCCUGUCCUGUCAUUCAAGUUGGUUUUCGAUCGAGAAACUGGUAAACCUAAAGGUUAUGGUUUUUGUGAAUACAAAGACACUGAGACUGCUUUGAGUGCUAUGCGAAAUCUCAAUGGGUAUGAAAUAGGAGGACGAACUCUGCGAGUAGACAAUGCUUGUACUGAAAAGUCCAGGCUUGAGAUGCAGACUCUCUUACAAUCUACUCCUGCUGAAAGCCCCUAUGGAGAACCCAUUAAUGCUGACAAAGCACCAGAGGCUAUCAGUAAGGCUGUUGCUUCUAUGCCACCAGAACAAAUGUUUGAGUUGAUGAAGCAAAUGAAAGAAUGUGUUCAGAACAACCCAGCCGAAGCACGUUCUAUGUUACUUCAAAACCCUCAGCUGUCAUAUGCUCUUCUUCAAGGCUUGGUUGUCAUGAGAGUUGUUGAUCCGACUGUUGCUGUGAGUAUGCUUCACAAGGCAAAUCCUACACCUGUACCGCUGUAUCCGUCGGACAAGCCAAUGACUGUUCCCCUUUCCACGCCUGCAUCGAAUCCGUCUUCAAACCCACCCUCCAUACCAGGACCACAGCCGGUCGUUCUCCCAACUGAUAACUGGGCGGGUACUUUGCCUCCAUCAGCACCAUUACCACCCAGUGCACCAAGACCACCUGUCCCUGGAUCAUUUUUGGGUGUCCAAGAUAUGGAUAUGCGUUCACAAGUGGAUCAUCGAAUGGGUCGCAUUCCUGAUCAAGAUCUUCGUAUACCUCCUGUGCCUCAGGUUCCUGCAGGAAUGCCUGGCCUUCCUGUGCAUGGAAGAGAUGGUUUUCCCACAGAUCAUUAUCCAGGUCCACGCGACCCACGUGAUCCACGUGGUGAUCCACGUAUGAACAUGGCUCCAGAUCGUUUCCCCUCUCGUGAUCCAAGGGAUUCCAGGGAUCCGAGGGAUCUUCGGGACAGCCGAGAUCCCAGAGAGAUUAGGGACCCCAGGGACCCACGCGAUCCAAGAGACAUUCGUGAUGCGAGGGACCCCAGGGAUUCAAGAGACCCUAGGGACUCCAGAGACCCGAGGGACCCAAGGGACAGGGUCGAUCCGAGAGACAGAGUUGAUCCAAGAACAGGAGCAAAUCCUAUGCCAACAGCUAUCAGACCACCGGGACUUGCAGGCCCGCCUCUCCCUGUUGCCAGGCCAGUUGGUCCUGCUGCACUGGGUCCUGGCCCUCUUCUAGGUGCACCUGGAGCAUCUGACCAAGAAAAGGCUGCAUUAAUUAUGCAAGUUUUGCAGUUGAGCGAUGAUCAGAUCGCUGGUCUGCCCCCAGAUCAACGUCAAAGUAUCCUCUUGCUAAAGGAGCAAAUAGCCAAGAGUGCUCAGCGAUGAUCUCUACUAACAAUAAUAUACAUGUGAAGUGAAAGUUAAGCUGUAGACUCAUUAUGGACAGUUUGAAUGUCGUUAAUUUUGCCCGAACUAUGCAUAAACGUUUGGUGGAUAACUGAGCAAACCCAGAUUUAAAUGAAUUGCACUGUUUUAAGAAAAGUGUUUAGAAAUAAACUUGUUUCUAAGUUCAACCCA